UGUUCAACCAAGAGUUCCAGCAGGAUCAACCAAGCAUGGCUAAGUCCCGAUCCCGUUCUCGUUCGAGGUCCAAGAGUAGGAGCCGCAGCCGAAGCCGAUCCCCAAGGAAGACUUCCCCGAAGAAAGCAGCACCUAAGAAGGUAGCGAAGAGGCCAGCAGCACCGGCUAAGAAGUCUCCUAAGAUGUCAAAGAAAGGUGGCCGCAGACAAAGCAAAUCAAGGAGUCGCAGUCGAAGCAAAUCUAGAAGCCGAAGCAGAUCUAGAAGUCGCAGCCGAUCGCCAAAGAAAUCCAAGAAGGCCAGGAAGUCGCCAAAGAAGAAGACAUCGAAACCGAAGGCAGCAGGCCGUCCGACAACCCUAGACAUGGUAUGCGCUGCCAUUACCGCCAUGAAAGACCGCAAAGGAUCUUCAGCCCAGGCCAUCAGGAAGUACAUCCUCGCCAACUACAAAGGGGUAAAUGCUACUCUCCUGUCAUCAUUGAUGAAAGCAGCAUUCGCCAAAGGACUGAAAAGUGGAGCUCUAGUGAGGCCAAAGGGUUCUACUGCUGCAGGCGCUAGUGGUCGUUUCAGAGUUGGAAAGGUAGCGAAACCAAAGAAGAAGAAGGCAGCCAAGUCACCAAAGAAAAAGACAGCCAAGAAAGCUAAGAAGCCAAAGGCAAAGAAACCCAAGGCAAAGAAAGCAGCAGCCAAGAAAGUAAAGAAAGCGAAAAAGGCCAAGUCACCAAAGAAAGCCAAGAAGCCCAAAUCGGCGAGAAAGUCUCCAAAGAAAAGCAAGGCAAAGGCAAAGAAGAGACCAAGCUCUCCAAGAAAGGCAAAGAAAGCAGUGAAGGCGAAGUGAGCGGUGUGUUAACUGAAUAAAACCCACGGCCCUUUUAAGGGCCACCCAACUAAUUUGAAAAGAUACUGCAUUUACAACAUUAAAGAAACAAAAUUUACAUCGAAUCUUAUGUGAAACUCAUAGUUUAUAAUCUCUAUUAUUUAAGAUUUUUUUAAAAAAAUCAUGUAGAUAUAAUAUAAAAUAAGAGAGGAUUAAAAUUGGGUAUUGUAUAGCAGAAAUCGCAUUAAUACUUAAAAAAAAAUUAAUUCAAAGUUGGGAAAACAAAAUUAAACGCUUUUUGAGCAGUAUAUGUAGAGGUAUUUUACGGAAGGAAAAACAAACACGAAAACAAAAUUUGAUUGUAAAAUGUGCACCAUACACAUUCGAAAUAAAAAUGUUUAUUUUGAAAAAAAAAAAAACUUCGCAGGGCUUCUCAGUAAUUCUAUUACAUUAUGGCCAACAUUUUUUAAUGGUUAUAAAGUAAAAU